UUCGGCGUUGCAUUUCUGUUCGAUCUAAAAUCGGGUUCGGAUGUAACUGAUUUGCACUAAUGGCACGUUGUUGUUAAUUGUACGUUGGGAUUAAUUUUCGGUCUUUUUAACAAAAGCUUCAUAUCGAAUUUGUGUUGUGCAAAAGUGAAUAAAAAAAUAUAUGUUUAAAACCAGACAUAAAUUUUUACACUUGCUCAUAUACAUACAUAUGUACAUACAUACAUAUACAGAUAAAGGUAUGUACAUAAUGUAACGGCCCAAUCCAAUAUAAAACAAUAAACAAACCACGACUCGUCUAUCAAAUCAAACGAAAUAUCUACACACACAUUCGUUCGUCACACAGCACAUUAACCAAUUGAAGCAAAACGGCACCAGAGCCAGCCAGCACAAAGUAUACUAUAAACAGCAAAAACCGCCAUCGCAACAUCAGCAGUACCAGCAGCAACUGCCACACAAACUUAGAGACCCCCUGACAUUUAAAUUUUUUCCUACACUUUUGUGGUACAUUGCAUUGGUUUUUUUUUUGUGCAACAACGUGCGCAUCAAUAAUAUUAUCUCUAACAGCAACAGCUUCAACGGUAGCUGCACUUACAAUCUAAACUACAGCUCAAAAAUCACAGCGCCGGCAUCGAGGAAACUAUAGGAGCCAAACCACAACGUGCCGUGACGAAGUCAUCAUAUGGUGUUUUUGCUGGAAUUGUGGAUAAAAUGCAUCAAUAAUUGUAUAUCUCUGCUUAAAAGCAACACACAGUAGCCAUAACAGGAGGAACAUGUCCGCCAUAUUAUUUUCUCAGGAUUGUGAACAGCAAAAUCAACAAGCAGAUGAACUGCAAUCGGAUGAGCUUGCAUUUAGAGAAGACUCAUGUAACGGUUUUAGUGAGGAAAUAAACAAUGAAUCAGAAAUCAUCCUACAAUUACCGCCAAGUUUACCAAGUAUUCCUAGUAGUGAUAGACCAGUUGACGACUCCUUCAAUAUUAAAGCUGUCGAGCCAGAAUUCGAGAGCGAUUGUAAUGGCCUCUUGACUAAUAAAAUGGCGUCUCUAGCGUUGAAUGAGGGCGACUGUAGUCAGUGCGAUGGCGGCAGUGAUAGCGGCCUUGACACAGCGACCACGAAGCUUGUUGGUGGAACAAUUGCUGGCAGUAACGACAACAUUGACAGCAAUUGCAAUGAGAAAGGUAGUGUCGCCACAAAAAACACUACAUUACAACGUGCAUUGAGCAGUACUAGCGGUGGCUACGCCAGCAGCACGGGCGGCAUAGAUGAUGCCAAUAAUCAGAUGACGAUGCCUGCGGCGUUGCCGCUGGCUAAUGUGAGUAACGCAAGUAUGCAAGGUCUAAAUACAUCGGGCAAUUCUAGUUUGCUUAGUUGUGGCUCAGAGCUGGCGACCAGCACCACCAACGGUGCGGUGUCCUCAGCAACGCAAAGCUUUGAGUGUUAUAGCGAGAACGGCAGCGAAAGUUCUUCAAUGCUGGGCGGUGGCACUGUGUCGACAACACCAGUACGACGCUCAAACAGUACUAAAACGAAAAUGAGAGUUUAUGAGGCUGGUCGUGGCGCUUUUGCCACUCCAAUGUCCCGCAGCAUGCGAGAACGUGAUUGCAGCAGUACACCAAUUUCUGGGAACUCAACUUCCGCGGCUAGCAACCAAGUUAAUAGCGCAACAACUCCACGUAUGCGUCCAGUUAGUGUAAAGCGUACUUCAUCUUUGUCGCGUCAUGUACCUGCAGUAGCGUCGACGGUAGCACAACGUCAUGCUGACAAGCCACAGUCGAUUAAUGCCACUAAUAAGACUUUAAUGGCGGCACCAACUUCAUCCUUUCGCUCCACUACGACGACACGUGCCACAAAACCACAGAAGCCAGAUUCCUUGCCGAACACACUGAGCCGCACGCAGUCUAUGAGCAUGCAGCGUCUAGUACAACGUACACCGUCAUUAAGUCGUGCGCGUACGCCGUGUACACCUCAAGAGGAUGGCCGUUGGCCCGGCAAUUCCCGCACCUCUAGCACAGCUAGCGGGGCUGCGAAGCGUGGUGUCUCUGUGACCCCAGAUUUGAUGUCACUAAAGAUGCGCUCCUCAAAUAUGAUGGCAUCGAUGGAUAUGAAGUCCACCAGCAACAAUACCAGUUCAAAUCCAUAUAGCACGCUGCCACGGCGGCGAAAACAAAAGUCCGUCGAAGACUUGACAGCGACGCCUGACUCGCGCAGCAGUUCAAUAACGCGUGACACACGUAUGACCACGUCGGUAAUGGUAAGCACGCGCCGUAGUCUAGUAAGCGCCUUUGGUGCAUCCACGCCACAAAGCAACCAACCGCGCUCAUUGAUACACACGCGAAAAACACCAGCGCAGCCGCCUAAAACGCGCAUAUACCAUGAGACCAGCGUUCAGACCGCGCUCACCGGGGAAGAUUUGGAGAAUGUGUUUGCUGGGCGAACGCCAGCAACGCGUGCUGUAGAUGCAGUUGAACAAAAUGAACAGACCACACAGACUGAUAUACGUGAUGCUGAAUUAGAGCGAUUACGAGAUGAGGUGCGUCAAUUAGCGCAGCGUGAACAUGAAUUGAGUGCUAAGCUUCAACGCGAACGUGAAGAGAAGUUGGCUACACAGCGUGAAUUAAAUUUAAAUACGGAACGGGUGAUGAGUAUGUUGGAAAAGGCACGUUUAGCGGGCGGAAAAUAUGGUAUUACAGGCGGCAGCGUGAGCGGCAUUAGUUUGGACGGCGACGCUACUACGCCAACUUCGGACGAAGGCAGUGGAAGUGGCCACGAUAGUUUACUCAUGUUGGAAUCGCAAAUACAAAUGAGUGGUCAUGAGUUAAUCGAGCGUCAGCACGAGAUUGGACAGCUGCGUCAGUUGUGCCGAUCCUUACAGCUUGAAAUGAAUCGUUCACUGGCCGCGCAGGAAUGUUUGUUGCAAGAAAAAGCCGCCAUCGAGCAGGAGUCGAAUGAAUUACAAGACUUUCUGCAACAUGAAAAAUCAGCAUUAUGUGAUGCAUUAAAAGAACUAGAGAAUGAGCAUCAAGCUUGCAAGCAACAGUUGUCGGGGCGUGAAGAAGAGGUGAAGGUUUUGCGCGAUGAAUGUCGUCACUUAGUGCGGCUUAAUGAGCAGCGAAGACAGGAGAACCGUAUGCUACAAUCCAAAUAUGCAGCACUGGAAAGUAAAUCUAAGGAAAUGAUGAUGCAACAAAACUAUUCGGUCUCGGGCGCAUCUGCUGCAUUAUCGGGCCUGCAUUCCCGUUUGGAUAGCUUAGUCGAACAAUUGGUCUCCACUUACAAUAUAACUGAACACGAUUUGGAGGAUAUCGGUUUCCAGCCAGAAGUACAACAAAAUCAUGGCAACGCCUUGGAGACGCGAUCAACACAAAAUGUGGAAGAUUAUCUAGGUCGAAUGCCAACGAACAUUAAUGCAAAUGGACUGGACUUUUGCACACACUCUCAACAGUUCUUACCACAGUCGAGUGAUGGAUCUUUGUCACCACAAAGAAAUCAAUCAUUCAUUGCGGCCGUAAUAAGUGCCAUACGUAAUGCAACUACUCCGUCUAGUAAAAAACUAUUGGCGCGAAAUGGAAAACGCAUUAGUAUUGAAAACGCUGGUGUGAGUGAUUCAAACGGUGAGGCUACGACAAAAAAUAAUAACAAUUAUAAUGGAGAUACAAAGAAUGUCGGUGAUGACUCCGAUUCUACUGAGAUGCUCGAUUCUGAAACAGAACCCUGUCUAAUGAUGGAUAACGUGCUGGAAGAUGUGACAAUGCCCGAUUCUCAUUCACACAAUAUGGUCUCAUCAUGCACGGGUAUUAUUUCUCAGUUGGAAGUACCGUCGGAACUGAUUAAUCCCGCAUCUGGCGAUGAAUCAUUGCAUAACUUGUCACAAGCUAUUGUGAAUCGUCAACAGAUGGAAUUGCAGAUCAGCAACAUGCAAAGUGUACAAAAAGCAACACUGCAAUUGAAUCAAUGCGAGCAUGAUAACUCUGAUGACGUUAGUUGCCAUGACUCAGUGGCAGAAAUGCCUUCUUUAAUGGAGUAUUGCACAGCGCAAGCAGUGGUGGACCAGGUGAUCGAAGUGGACAGCUUGGUAACCAAAUUGCUCAAGGUCCUGCGUCUCAUACAAAUGGACAACGAUAAUUGUAUACAGCAACUUAUUGUCGAUAAGAAUAAGUUACAAGAGAAUAAAGAGGAUAUGUUGGAGAAAAUAAAAGAUUUGCAGGAUGUUAACAUAAAGUUGCAAGAUGAGCUUAUGGAUGCCACACAAGAGCUAAUGUUAAAGAACAACGAUUUGUCGAACACGAAAGCCGAAAUGCAACGACACCGUAAUGAGAUCGAUCGUCUAACGCAGGACAUUUGCAAUUUGAGUACGCUCUGCAGCAAUUACAAAAAACUCUCACCGACAGUUGAGUUUUCGCCUUUGCAACAGCAAUUACUCUGCCCCAACCAAACGUCGUUGCACAACAUAACAACCGACGAGGGCGACAUCAUUGGCAAUGGGGCGGAAAAUGAUGCGGAGAGCAUUUUGAAUGUGCUGAAAAUGUGGCAGACAGAAGGUCAAUUCAAUGAGCUCAAGAUUCGAGACUUUCUCAGCACGUUUGUUAAAUGCCAGCGGUGUGUGCCAGAGCAGAAGCAGGAGAACAGCAACAAUGAGCGCUUGCGUGUGUACGCCAACCAAUUGCAGAAUGUAUUGUCAGUGCUGCAAGCAUGCGAAGAAUCAACACUAAAUUAUGCAGAUUUGCAAAAGCUACGCUGCGACAUUGAGGUAGUUAAGGCGAACGCAAAUUGGUCCAGUAUAAUCGCUGCUGAUCGAAUGGCGGAAGUGAAUUGUAACAAUGGCAAGCUGUUGAAAGCUAACAGUAAUAAUAGCAAUGAGGAUGUUAAUGCCAAUGCGGCGUUUGAAGAGAAGGAAGUCAAUUGAUAAGUUGAAUAAAUAAAUGGUGGGUUUCCUAUAAAUAGAAUAUGACAAAAGGUUAGUCAGGAUAUUUAGAUGAGGAAUCAGCAUAAUUCGCUCCAUACGCCAUCCAAAAAUGUCCAUUUAUGUAUAUUUAUUAACUAAUUAGCGUUAUUUAUUGCAUAAUAUUUAGAACUUACGUUUAAGGGCCUAAAUGCCACAGAAAUGAGUAGUUUUAUAAAGUAUGCUUAGCGUUUGCCGUCAAUCAUUCUUUGCUUGGCUUCUUUGGGCAAAAAAUUGAUCGGAAAAGAAACUAGCUUAUAUGCGACAAGGAGAGACUUAAAUAACGUUACUGAAAUUUGAGAAAGCUUUUGUUAUUGAAAUUAUUUAUUACUACUAUGUGCAAAAAGUAGUAAGACUUUGUUCAUAAUUUUGAAAUUCUUAAUUUAUUCUUUAAAAUCUAUGUCGGCUCUCAAAGUGAUCCUCCUUGGCCACAAUACACGCGUGCCCACGUUUUUUUCAAUCCUUGGAACAGUUGUUAAAGUCAAUUUCCGGAAUAGCCUUCAGCGCACGUAUCGAUUUACGCUUAAUGUCUUCAAUUGACUCAAAACGGUUUCCCCGGAGCAGUUGUUUGAGUUUGCUGAAUAGCCAGAAGUCACACGCAGCUAUAUCAGGCGAAUACGGUGGUCGCGGCAUAAUAUUGGUUGAAAAUUUGCCGAAAAGCUUACGAAGAAUCACUGCAGUAUGCUUCGGCUCACCUUUGCCACGAUAUUCAGUCAAUUGAUCAUCUGUUUCUAAGUCGUAAACAUAGAUCUAAGACUCAUCGCCAGUAAAAAUACGUUUCAUGACAUCCUGGUAGUCGGAAAGCAUGUGAAACGCGACGUUGUUUUUCGAAAAAAUUUAGUAAUUUUGGAACCAAUGGAGCUUUCAAUUUUCUUAGGUCCAAAUGAUCUUUCCGAUAUUCCAACGAUCUUUAUUUUAUUGACCAAUCAAAAACACUUGCCCAUGUCAAACAACAUUCUGAACGUUUCGGCACCAGAAAUUUGAUUCCGCACACAAAAUUUAAUGGAACUUCUUUGUUGAAUAAUUUCACUCAUCGUCAAAAUCGCCAAAAAAUAUAUUUUGAGAUUGUGCCCCUGCCUUGAACAAUAAGCUAUGCUAUUUACCUGGUCAAAUAAAAAAAAUUUAAACAAGGACUUGAUUUUGAUCAAUCAGUCUACAUAAUAGUUGUAUGCUAUAGUGGUCCGAUAACGGCGGUUUCAAAAAAAUGAGCAAUUUUUUGGGGAGAUCAUAUGAAAAUUUUCAGAUCAAUAGGUGAAAUGCUGAGGGACUAGUUCACGAUAUAGUUUAUAAAGAGAGAGACAGAGGGAUGGCAGACGGACUUUGCUAAAUCAACACAGCUUGUGACGCUGAUCAUUUAUACAUAUAUGUACUUUAAAGGGUCUUCGAAGUUUGCUUCUACUGUUACAAACUUCGUGUCAAACCCGCCAUUUUAUUACCCGCUAGGAUAUAAAAAGGGAUAUCAAUCUUUAUUAGAGUUGCUAUUAAAAAUUUUACAUAUUUUUUCACAAGAUGGCAGACUUGUAAAAAUAGACUCGAGAGGCAAACAAGUUUCAAACACUGUUUUCAACUAUUAUUCGAAUUAAGUACAGUUUUUAAGUGCUUUGGAGAUUUUCGAUUUUCAUCUAGCAUAUCCAAAGUACUGCAAGUGCAGCCGACAAAACUCGCUGACACGCACACUAAUAAAAAUUUUAUGAGAUUAUUUGAUCGUCUCCAGGGAAAUUUAGGACACUGAAGUUUACUUUAAGGGUUUUGAAUAUUAUGAGAUAUGAAGACUAUAUCAUUGCACUUCGGUUGUAUUCUCUGUUGACGAUAUUUUAGAACUUAUAUAUGGAUCACCGAAACACUACACUCUGGUCCGGAUCGUUUCGAGUUUUUACCCCUUCAAUUUGAUAUGAUUCUAUUAUUCAUUCACCCAUCUUAGUUGAGUAGAAACCAUAACGAUUGUGCAGAUAAUAUAUAACAAUAUCUUAAGGUGAUAACUUAUUGUAAAUUACAAUAAUUUCAUUAUAUAUACUUUUGGUUGUUCGCUUGCCAAGAAGAGUGUCCCCGUAAUCGCAAAAGACUUCCCGUUUUGGUUUUAAAGAAUUUUGAAUUAUGUUCGAGGAUCAUUAAAACUCUUUAUUAUGAAAAAGAUUGGGACGAAAGGCUAAUAAUCUUUUAGUAAAUCCAUGUUUGACCAAUGGAGGAGAUAAAAAUUAUUGUACAGCCAAAAGUACAGGCAAUACUAAGCCGGCCCAUUCAAAAAUUUAUUUGCGAGGGUUAUUCAAAAUUUUUUAAUAACACUUUUUAGACAGAACAGAUCUGCCCAAUAUAAAUAAUUUAAUAUAAAAAAUUAUUAAUAAUUUAUAAAAAAGAAAGUAUUGAUAGAAUUAGUAUAUUUUUUUGUUUGGAUAAUUUUGUAUAAUAAGUUUAUAUAAUGAACUUAGCCAAACUUUUACCUGCUUGUUUAACAAAAACAUAUUUCUUUCAGUUAAUUUUAAAGUCUGACAGCCCGACUGAAAUUGUUUUAAUAGCCGCAGUAUUAUGCUUUCAAAUACUAUUUUGUACUUUUUUUAAAUAAAAAUUUGUACAUUUUUCGAAGGCUUUCUCACUUUUUAGUAACGAAUAUAAAAAAACAUUAAAAACUAUAUAGCGAACCACGCUAGUAUAAGAGUAGAGUAUAUUAAUAAAAAGUAAAAGGAUUUGUAAUGAAUUGUAUGUUAUUGCGUUUUCGAAAUAGCCUUUGUAUGUCAAGUUGUGCGGAACUAAUAAAUUUAAGUCCAAUAAUACCUUUUAUGAAAAAGUAAUUAGCUUUUAAUUUAAUUAUAUCAAAUAUAUUAUGCGUCCUUCUUUAAAACCUUAUUACAGAAUAUAUCUAAUCGCUUUGCUCAAAACUUACAUUAUUUGGAGUUUUGUUCGAAUACAAUAUAUUUGUGGUAAUAAAUUAUGUAGAUGUAUGCUUAGAUAUUCUAAUGGAAGGGUUUUCUUUAAUUAUAGUAGCUUAAAUAAGCCAAUGCGUAGCUAGUUCUUGUUAGUAUUAUUCUGCCAACUAAUUUUCAAAAUUAUAUUUAAAAUUUUAAACGUGAACUUAAUUAUACAAUUAUUAUACUUAAUCAAUGGCCAAACAUUUCCAAAUUCCAAAAUUGUUGAUAAUGAAUUAUUAUUCGAAAAUACAUAUAUAAGGCGCGUAGUUAUGUAUGUUACAGUGUUAAAUGUUGAUUAUACUCGAAUUUAAUAAACACUAAAAAUAAAAACAAUUUACAAAAAUAAUA